GCCUCCAGUCCUAGCAGAUAUAAAGCUACCUGCUCCAGGUCAGCUGACCUAAAAGAAGGAAGGGAGAAGAGCCGUUAUGUCCCCUUGGAGCAGACAGCAGAGCCCAGGGAGCCUGGGCCCCCAUCUUCCCAGAACCCUGUUCCUCCUGGUGCUGUUUGUGGCCUUUGCCCAGGGGGUCAUCCCAAGCCCCAAAGGCUGCCUGAUCCUUCACUCUGUCAACGGCAGCUCCGUCUCCUGCCUGUCACCGUCCAAGUUCCCCAGCCCCAUCCCGGCGGACACCAUCCACCUGGUCGUGGAGUUCUCCAACCUCACCAAGCUGCCGAUCGCCGUCGCCGCCCUGCGAGGGGCUCCCCGCCUGCAGGAAUUGCACCUCUCCAGCAACCGGCUGGAGGCACUGCCAGCUGAGCUCCUGCAGCCAGUGCCCAGGUUGCUCGUGCUCGAUCUCACCCGCAACGCCCUGAGCAGCCUGCCCUGCUGCCUCUUCCGGGCAGCCGCCGUCCUGCACACUCUCGUGCUGAAGCAGAACCAGCUCCAGGCCCUGCAGGCCUCCUGGCUGCGCGGCCUGAAAGCGCUGGCCUAUCUGGAUCUGUCAGGGAACCGUCUCCGGACACUGCCUCCUGGGCUGCUGGCCAGCCUCACCUCCCUGCGCACCCUUGACCUUGGGGACAAUCAGCUGGAGACCUUGCCGCCAGACCUUCUGCAGGGCCCGCUGAGUUUGGAACGCUUGCACCUGGAAGGGAACCAGUUGCGGGCCCUUGGUGAGGACCUGCUUGCGCCCCAGCCGGCCCUGCGCUACCUUUUCCUCCAGGACAACCAGCUGGCCGCGGUGGCAGUGGGCACCUUCCGAGGCCUGAAGUGGCUGGACAUGGUGGACCUGUCCAAUAACUCGCUGACUAGCGUGCCCACAGGACUCUGGGUGUCCCUAGGAAGGCCGGUCCGGGACAUGGAGGAUGGUUUCGACAUCUCCCGCAACCCCUGGGUCUGUGACCAGAACCUGGGUGACCUCUUUCGCUGGCUGGUGGCCAAUAAACACAAGAUGUUCUCAAAGAAUGACACCCGCUGUGCUGGGCCAGAAGCCCUGGAGGGUCACCUGCUCUUGGAAGUGGCCGGGUCCCAGUGAGGCCUGGGGCUGAAGUGUGUGUGUGUGUGUGUGUGGACAACCUCACUUAGCACUCCAUUAGGAAGUCACACAAGCUUCAAGGAGGGGACUCCCGGCCUCUCACUGUCACUCACGUCAGCCAUGUUCCCCCAAAGCCACCAUGGCUUUCCAGCUACCUGGCUUUCCUCACACUGUCCCCUCUUCCUGACAGGCAAUUUCCCAAGUGUCUUGCUCUCUGGGAUCCUCCCGGACCUCUUGUCCCUCCCUCUGGCUGAGCUCUGGACACAUGGGGGUGUCUGGGGCCUGUGCUCUCUCACCAACCUCUCCCCAAGAGUAAUAAAAAGCAGUUGAACCGAAUCAGGCAAAUCAGCAUUCAAGUCUCUUCUUCUCCCAAGUCCCCUGUGAAGCAGGAGGCAGGAGGAGGUGGGACCCAGAGCCUGGGGUGCUCCCAAACUGUGGCCUUGGGAUCAGCCGGCUGUGGCUUCUACUCCCCCUCCCCCAUCCCAGGACUUAGCUGGAAAUAAAACCCUGAGUGUGGCCCAGGUGUCGUGUUACCAGUGCAUUUCUGCCAGACCUGUGUCCCAGAUUGCCCAGGUCUCCAAUGUGUCAUUCUGGCUUGUGACAAUCCAAGGGGCACCUGCCCAGGGCAGGCCAGAAGGUGGGGGCAGUGUGUGUGUGUGUGUGUGUGUCUGUGGAGGAGUGGGGGAGGUGGACAGAGCUGAAGGUCCGGGCUGGGUGCUCAUAGUGCAGAUCCAAAGGUCCCUGUCAAUGCAGAGGUGGGCGUCAGGGGCUGGCGGAGUCUGGGGGUUAAAGCACGCCCAUGUUUUUCAGCCCCCAAGAAGGAGGGUCAGGUCGUGGCCUGGUUGAAAGGCAGAGGUCUGGAGUCUAACAGGAUGGGUUAGCAUCAGACCUGUCACUGGGAGCUGGGCUACAGGUUCAAGCUUUGAGCCUCAGUUUACUCAUCUGUAAAAUGGGGGUCUGUAGGGACGGGGACAGGCUGGGCUGGCUAAUGGCUUAGCUAAAUGGCAGAUUAAAAAGAAGAAAGAAUCACUUCUCGGCCUUUUGGCUAAGAUCAAGUGUAGUAUCUGUGCUUCUCAGUUUACUCUGAUAAGUCCUAUAUCCGAGGGCAAUACAUUAAAUGAACUUUUGGAACAGGGAGAUGGAAGAAGAGCUUAUUGCGGUACCUCCAGGAACGGUGCACCAUUAAAUAAACAGGAAGAAGAAAGAAGGUGGCACGGCCCAAGCGCCUGCUUUGCAAGAGCAAAGCUCUGAGUUCAAAUCCCAGUCCCAAAGAAAAAAAGUAAAAAAGAAGAAAGAAAAUCAUUGGCGAAUUGCCCAAGGACACUGGACAGGGGAGUGGGGGGGAGACAGGUGACCAUA